UGCACGGGGAAGUGUUUGAGCGCCGCACCGCCUCGCGCCAUGCCCUUCAGCCCCGCGCUCGGAGGUGAAAGCUCGUGGCUUGGGCCCCGGCCGUGGUCUUGGUGAUUUUCUUUGUAGUUGGAGGUCAGAGGCCAGGCCUCAAGUGCGAACGGCCUCACCAUGAUGAACGGCCGGCCGGGCCGAGUGCCCUUACAGUUCCUGCCGAAUGAGGCCCGGAGCCUGCCGCCGCCCAAGCUAACCGACCCGCGGCUCGUCUACGUCGGCUUCUUGGGUUACUGCUCCGGCCUGAUUGAUAACGCGAUCCGGCGGCGGCCGAUGGUGUCGGCCGGUUUGCAUCGCCAGCUUCUAUAUGUUACUUCCUUUAUUUUUGUCGGAUAUUAUCUUUUAAAACGUCAAGACUGUAUGUAUGCUCUGAGGGACCAUGAUAUGUUUGCAUAUGUAAAGUCACAUCCAGAGGAUUUUCCUGGAAAAGAUAAGAAAACUUAUGGUGAAAUUCUUGAAGAAUUCCAUCCAGUGCGUUGAAGUCUCCAAAAUGCUUGCUCUGGUUUCACUGAUACCGGUUUUUUCUGAAUUUUGUGGAACUGUUUCUAUGACAUCUGAAGUGUAUGGUAAUCUAUACGUUAACACCUUGUGAUUAAAAUGGUAAUCAUAAGCA